AUGGGGCCCUUGGAGUGGUUUGCGUUUGCCGUUGGGAUAUGGGUUGUAUUUCAUGUCGGACUAGCUCUUUAUAACAUCUUCCUUCACCCUUUGAGAAAUUACCCAGGUCCCAUUCUUGACGCGGCCACCCAGCUCCCAUACUCAUAUCAUAUGAUCAAAGGUGAUAACACAAAAUACAUUGCAAAGCUUCACGAGCGCUACGGCGAUGUUGUCCGCGUCGGCCCCAAUGAGCUGUCGUAUAUCAGUGCAUCAGCUAACCGAACCAUAUUCGGAGGAAAGCCAACUGAAGAAAACAUUUAUGAAAAGAACCCGGUCAUUUGGCUCCUAGGGUCUACUGCUCCAAUCACAAAUCUCUUCUUUGCACGGUUUCAUGAGAAUAUUCGGUACCGCAAGAUCAUAGCACCCGCUUUUUCUGAGGCGGCGAUCCGUGAACAGGAACCCAUUAUCCAAAAAUAUGUCGAUGGGCUGAUUAAAGGUCUGAAAAAUCGAUCUGGACAGGCUGAGUUCCCAGACUCCAAUGGAGUGGUAAAUAUUGCGGCUUGGUAUAAUUUCGUUGUUUUCGACAUUCUCACACGCCUCUCAUUUGGCGAGGCCCAAGGUUGUCUUGAGAACGGCCAGUAUGAUCUCUGGCUUGAAGGGCUGUACGAUGGACUUGUACAGUCACAUUUCGUCCAGGCUGCCCACCGGUUAAGGCCGUACCAUAGCAUACUGGAACGCUUCAUCCCUUCACGGGUAACCAAGGCCCACAACUCUCAAACGAUGGAUUAUUACCCCAGGGAGUUGAAGAAACAGCAAGACAAAAAGGAGAGUUCCAUUGCAGGCAAGCCACGUACGGAAUUUGCAGCCUUUUUCCUUGAUGGUUUGACUCAUGAGGAAUUAGAGGACAAUGUCAACGUCCUCGUCGCUGCCGGAGCUGAUAGCACUAUUACUACAAUGUCAUCCUUGACUUACUAUCUCACCCAUAACCCGGAGUCCUACCGUAAACUCAAGAACGAGAUUCAGGGCGCCUUCCGUGCAGAGCACGAAAUAACUCUAACGGCCGUCAAGCAUUUGGAAUAUCUCGGAGCUGUCAUCCGGGAGACCCUGCGUAUACAUCCUCCAGUUCCAAUGGGCCUUCAUCGUGUGGCUCCAAGCAAAGGCGCUGUAAUCGAUGGGCAAUCGGUCCCUGGCGGAACUUGGGUAUCGGUAGCCAACCUAGCUGCUAGUCGCUCACCCAAAUAUUGGCGUGACCCUGAACACUUUAUCCCGGAGCGAUGGCUUAAAGAAAAUUCUGACUUCGACGGCGACAAACGAGAGGUUCAUACUCCGUUUUCUAUUGGAGUGCGCAACUGUAUCGGGAUGAGCUUUUCGAACGCUGUUUUGCGGCUCGUCACAGCUAGGUUGCUCUGGAAUUUCGACCUCCAGGCUCAACCAGAUAACAUCGACCCGCACGAUCACCUUGAGUACGCAAUCUGGGAAGCCAAGCCACUCCGGAUUAAAGUCUCCGCGGCCAAUGUCAAAAACUAG